AUGGCGGAAUUCGUGCGUGCCCAGAUUUUCGGCACCACCUUUGAGAUCACUAGCCGGUAUACGGAGCUGCAGCCGGUGGGAAUGGGUGCCUUCGGACUGGUCUGUUCUGCCAAAGACGAAUUGACUGCGCAGCCAGUUGCAGUGAAAAAAAUCAUGAAACCCUUCAGUACCCCCGUUCUGUCCAAACGAACUUAUCGGGAGCUGAAGCUGCUCAAACAUCUCCGUCAUGAGAACAUUAUCAGCUUGAGUGACAUUUUCAUUUCGCCUUUGGAAGACAUCUACUUCGUCACCGAACUUCUGGGAACUGACCUCCACCGACUUCUUACUUCGCGACCCCUUGAAAAGCAAUUCAUUCAGUACUUCCUAUACCAAAUUCUGCGUGGCUUGAAAUAUGUCCACUCCGCCGGUGUAGUCCACCGGGAUUUGAAACCUAGUAACAUCCUAAUUAACGAGAACUGUGAUCUGAAAAUCUGCGACUUUGGCCUUGCCCGCAUCCAGGACCCCCAAAUGACCGGCUAUGUCUCAACACGAUACUACCGCGCGCCCGAGAUCAUGCUUACCUGGCAAAAGUACGAUGUCGAGGUGGACAUUUGGAGUGCGGGCUGCAUCUUCGCCGAGAUGUUGGAAGGAAAGCCAUUGUUUCCUGGGAAGGACCAUGUCAACCAGUUUUCGAUCAUCACGGAGCUGCUUGGUACUCCUCCCGAUGACGUGAUUCAGACCAUCUGUAGCGAGAACACCCUCCGGUUUGUCAAGUCCCUACCCAAGCGCGAGCGCUUACCCCUCGCGAAUAAAUUCAAGAACGCUGAUGCCGAUGCCGUUGACCUGCUUGAGCGGAUGCUGGUUUUCAACCCAAAGCAGCGCAUUCAAGCCUCCGAAGCAUUGGCUCAUGAGUACCUGGCGCCCUACCACGACCCGACUGAUGAGCCUGUCGCACAAGAGAAGUUCGAUUGGUCGUUCAAUGAUGCCGAUCUGCCCGUAGAUACUUGGAAGAUCAUGAUCGGCCCCGAGAUUGAGCAUUGCAUUGCCGAUGAAGGAACUGACCCAGCAACCGAGAAUGACUGGUCUCUGCUCCCAUUCAUGGCCCUAUCUGACGGAGCACAUCUGUCGACCGAAGAAUUCUCAUACUUCACACUUUGCCAAAAGGGCGCAUCUACUAAAUCCGAAACCUCCCUUUUCGGCAUCGCCUGCUCCCGCCAGAUCGAUUCUAGCUUGCUUAUCAACCGCUCUGCCGAUGUGACGCGGUCAACAGUACAAAAGGCCGUUGUGGUUGUGACAGAUACUCCGCAGCGAGUAGGUCAAUUGCGCGAGAAGCUCUCCGUGGUGACUUCGGCUUGGUUCGCGCAACGUGACUUCUCGGAUGUUGAUAUAUUGAAGAAAUUCCGCGAGGGCUUGGUAAUUUCCCUGCUCAACGAUGGCCCCAAAGACCAGAAUUUGGGUAAGGAUAUCAUCCAUUCCGAUAUGUAUCUCCCUAAUGACAAGUCUCAAAAUUUGCUAAUUUAUGAAGGCCUUUCGCUUAGGGAAAUGAUACACGAAUUCAAAUUCCAGACCUUGGUUCUCUUCAAGGCAUUACUGUUGCAGCCCAAGAUGCUUUUCUUCGGGACGCGCUGUGAACGCCUGUGUAUGAUUCAGUUCUCGCUUAUAUCUUUAAUACCCGGCCUUCUCAACAGCUUGCAGGACUGCGCGGAUCCUGCUUUUGACACCUAUUCUCAGACGGUUGAAAAACCAACCUCUCUCAAGACGAGUGACAGAAGUUCUUUGUUGGCAUACAUGGGCCUUCCACUACAGAUCUUCGGAAAGGGAAGCAUGUUUGGCCCCUACACGCCUCUCCAGCUGCUGGAUCUGUUGGCAGAUGAUGGCACAAAAUCCUAUGUGGUUGGCUCAACGAACCCCCUACUUCUCCAGCAAAAGGACCGCUACAGUGAUAUUCUAAUAAACCUUGACGAAGACAGUAUCGUGAUAAAUUCUCCUCUCCUCCGCAGUGCCCUGGUCCUUUCCGCAGCCGAUAGGCGCUGGAUUGACAUGCUCACACAAAUUGUCAACGACACGUGGGACGAGGACCAUCCUUCACAACCCAAGACCCUUGGCUUCAUGGGCUCCGAAGAAUUCAUUCGACUGCAGUUUGAAGAAUACUUGCUGGCUUUAUUGUCGUCCAUGAAAUACCACGAGGAGCUCUACCCAUCUGAUGCCGGAGAAUCAUGUCAUCUCAGCAGAACCCAGCUGCAAAAUCUUAACAUUGAAGGAGACCCUGCCAUUGACUUCAACAUGGAAUUCCUGGCCCAGUGGAAAACCACAUCUAACUACGCCCUGUUUUCGCGUCUCACUUCGGAUGCGCUCUUAUUUUCCAUCACUGAGCCACGUCACCCAAACGCCGGCGGCCUGAUGAUGGAAGAUGUCCAAAGACGACUUGCACAACAGGUCGCAGACCUGCACCUCGAUGAGCGUGUCCGCGAAGGCCGGGAGGCCCUGAACCGCCACAUCUCAACCGGACAAAAGAAAAUGAGCGCGGCGUUCACCAGCCUCUGGUCCGACAUCGAGACAAUGCGCGAAGCGCAACGCAAACGCAAUGAAGAGAGAACAGCCUCCCAAUCGCAGCGCACCUCCAUCGACAAAGGAACCCCAACAUCACCAACUCCCUCCUCCCAGGAUCCCGCCGAUGCCUCCUGGUUUGCAGGCCGCCAAAGGCCAUCAGUCGACCUAACACAGGCCCAGGCCUCCGUGGCCAUAGCCAGCCAAAAGGCCGGCUCAUAUCUUAGCUCGUGGGGUUCGUGGGCAAUCGAAAAGCGCCGCGAAUGGCAAGACAAGCGCGUCACAUCUCCGAACCCGAGUGCCACCCCCCAUACCGAGCCGACAUCGCCAUCCACCCCAGCCACGUCCGUCGUUCCCGAAACAGCCGACUUGGACCGCGGCCGCCGGCAUUCCAUCCAGAAUAAUAGCGAAGGAAACGAAAGCACCGGUGGCGGACUUUCUCGCAGCAGUAGCCGACGGAAAAGAUGGAGCAAUAUCCUGCUCAGACGCGACAGCGGCGAGUUCCAGCGUCUUGAUGGUGUCUCCGCGUUCGAUGAAACUCCCUUCCCCAAAUCUCCUCUGUCGCAAGGAUUUCCGGCCCACGCGGUUGAAGCGGAGCACAAGCAAAUCCAGGACGUUCUCCAGGAAGGAGAGACUGCUGGGCGGGAUACCGUCGACGCAGAUGGAUUCUCUUCUGUGGCUCUCACGUCGAAUGAAGGCCUAGGGUUGAGUUUAAAGGCCGAAGAGCCGGUUUCUCUGAGCCAGAAGGAACCCACACUCUUGAACCGUGUAGAGGUAGAUCCACAGCCUGAGAACUUGGUCGCAGCACUCCCUCUCAAAGAAGAGGCUCUUCCAGCUCAGAGCAAAGACUCGUCUGAUUCAGACUAG